AUGUGGCUGUUUCGGGGAGCCCAGUCUGCGAUCUUCUACUACGCAGCCUGUACUCCUUGUACAGAGCAUCUCCAGAAACGGAAGAGGAAGAGAGACGCAGCGCGGACUGCACGUGAGGCCGGCAGGGAUGCCCUCGUUACCGACCAGCCUGUAUUCUACCAGCCAACACCGUUCAGCACAAACAGAUACUGGAGCGAGGAGAUUGCACUAGGACCUGGGCCGCCAGCGAGACGUGGGAGGAACAAUAACAACCACAAUGCUACCAGUCGGACGGCGAGCCAGAAGAACCUGGCGGCGCUUGAAAAGGAGAAACCCACUGUGACAGAGAAAGCAGUGCUGACUGGAGUACUGGAGGACCUGCCCAUAGCAAAGGACGGCAGCAGUAAUGGCAAGAAGAACGAUACGGGAAGCGGUCUGACUACUCGGUGGAAUAGUGUGAGGUAUCAGCGGGACGACGAAGUGCUUUGGGGGUGUGACGGAAGGGCUUCGUCUACAAGUCUACGGGUAGCAACUCGUGGCUCUUCAAAAUACUCCCUCGAUCCGCCACCAGAAGUUCAUGACGUCUAUCCACCGAUUGCAAAUGCGUUGAUGAGGAAAGAGGAGAUCCAAUGGAUGCUUCAACCACCACCGAGUGCGAAGGUCAUGGAGGGUAAGAUCCGAGCAGACCCUGCCUCGAGGUUCUCGGCAAGCAGCAGCCCGCUUCUCAGGGGUAUCACACAGUCGCCGAGCAAUAUUGGUACUGACACACAUGGACAUCAACAUCAUCUCUCUCGGCCGUCUCCCGUCCAGAGUCUUGAAUCAGCCUCGCUCAGGCAUAGCCCUACUACAAAAUCACGCAAGUCCUCGACGGGAGCGACUAUAUCCCGCGGCCUAAUACCCAUCGACUCCUUGAUCUCUCUCUCAAACACUGCCCAGUCACAGGACCAGCAGCGCUCUUCCCUCCCUCGUCUCUCUACUACAGUUCGCAGACAAUCGUCCGAUCGUCAUCAUCACCAACAACAGCAGCAACAGCAACAGCUCACCCUCUCUCCAUCCAAUGACUCCAGCACCGCUUCUCCACUAGAACUAAAACCGUAUGUAUCACUCCCCAGUCUCCAACCCCCGAGGACCCGCCAGCACCGCAAAUAUGAAACAGAACACCGACCAACAUCCAAAGAAACCGUUGACAGCGGCAAGGCUUUCCGGCCUAUCACCCCGUACUCUAACAACGCCCAUUGGCUCCGUGCCACAAGCCGUUCAAAGACAUCAAAGUUACCGUUCACCAGCACCGUACAGCUGGAUAACGAUGAUAACCAUGAUUCGGACCACUCACUUGAUGACGUCGAGUUUGAUCGACUAGACCGUAUCCGAACAUACAGAUGGAGCAUGGACUUUUGA